UGCACGUCUCUCUGUUCCCUUUGCUUCAACAUCGACGCACGUUCGUUCGUAAUUAACAUAAAUGAAAAAUAAUUAAUACAGUUCUAACUCUGUGUUCUGUGCCCGAACUGGAUUUGGACGUGUCUGUGUCUCACGAUUUCAGUGACUGAGUUAUUACAAUAAAUUAAAUUUAAAACGGUGGAUGGACUGCCGCUGAAAACUGAAGUUAUUAUCUUAAAGACGCAAGCACGUUAACGGUAUCGCUAUAAGGGCUCAUGACUCCACAAAAGAAAACUUUAUAACGACAAGCCUCUGCCUACUUCGGUCCAAGGUGGCAUUUACAUGAGAUGUUAUGGGCUCACGCGGCAUUGAAAAGUGGCGGUGGUUGGUGGUAGUCGUAGCGUGGGCAUGUGGUGCCGCUGCAAGAACUCUAUGUCCACCACGAUGUGCAUGCGACGACGCAUUGAGAGCAGCUUCAUGCGCAAACGCUGGUCUAGAGAUCGUUCCCAUCCAAUUGAACCCAGAAGCAACACACAUCAAUCUAACUCACAAUGCCAUCGACAAUCUUUUGUACACUUUCGCUUUUUAUACACAACUUACCAUCCUCGAUAUAUCUUAUAAUCGAGUGCAAGAUUUAGGUAGUAAGAAUUUCGAUAACAAUAUGGAGAUGACUCAUCUGAAUGUUAGUCACAAUGCGCUUAAACGACUGGAUAAAGACACUUUUGUGGGCCUUAAGAGAUUGAUCGAUUUAGACUUAUCAGAUAAUGAAAUAUCAAAUAUACAUCUGCAAACAUUUAAGGAUUUAACUACCUUGGAACGGCUCGAUUUAUCAAACAACAAACUUGUGAAUUUCGAAGCUGAAACAUUUGAACCACUUUCGUCGCUUAAAAUACUUUCUCUCAAAAAUAAUUCAAUUUUAGAAAUACCAUCAGCGAAUCUGUUUUUUGUUGUACAUUUGGAAUAUUUAGAUCUCUCUGAAAAUUUAAUUCAACAAAUAGAUAAGCAUGGAAUUCCAUUUUUGAAAGAGUUAAAGCAUUUAGAUUUUAACAAUAAUAUUAUUGAAAGUGUCGAUCAGUUGGGUCUCCACAAUUUACCUUCAUUGCGUCAUUUGGAUCUCAGCGAUAAUAAUUUGACAUCGAUCCCUACAUCUGCUCUUUCGAAACUAUCGAACUUGUCACAUUUGUACUUAAGCGGAAACUUUUUUCAUAACAUUUCAUCGUUGUCUUUCCAAAGCUUGUUCCACUUGAAACAUUUGCAUCUGAGUAGACUAUAUGAGCUAGAGAAAGUGGAUUCCAGGGCGUUUGUAGAUAAUAUUAAUUUACAAAAAAUAUGGAUGAAUGAGAAUUUAAAAGUGAGAGAGGUUCCACCGAGACUAUUUCAUGGAAAUCCAAAAUUAACACAUAUUUAUAUGAGAAAUAAUGCCCUAGAAACACUUGAAGCUUCUCACUUCCCAAUUGAUACUCUUCAAGAACUAGAGAUUUCUGGUAAUCCUUUUGUAUGCAAUUGUUCUUUACUUUGGCUUUGGAAACUUGGUAGAGACUGCGAAAUACGUAGCAAAAAGUUUGAUAAUACAAGUACUAUACUGAGGAUCGACUAUGAAGAUGUGAAAUGUGCCGCGCCUGGGCAUUUGCGGGGCGUUUUAUUCGUGCAAAUUCCGGAAUCAGAAUUUGGGUGUUCAAGUGGAUGGGUGGUAGUUGCGAUUGUGGUGCUAACUGUGAGUAUAAUUAUAAGUGUGGUGGGUGGAUUCCUGUAUUUCAUGGGUCCGUUAAAAAGGUGUAAAGGAGACAAAUCAAAGCAAGUUAUGAACAGUGUAAUGUUAAACGCUGACGUAUCUAAAUUAGGAAAUGGAUUAGGAUACUCAACGCGUAGUAGGGAACAGGAGAACAAAAGAGAAGUGGAUAGAUAUCUUAUGAUCGGUUCGUCAGUAACUAACAAUUUUCACUCAUUAAAUCCCCCUUGGCAUAGUGUGGACAAAAAUCCAUAUUAUCAAGAAGAUAGCGAAGAACAUAUCUACCAGCAAUUCGCAUAUGAAACUAUACCUCAUCACAGAACCCCAGAAAAACCACACAUAGUGUACGUUUAACAAAAGUUUACAAUUAUGGACAAUAAAAAUCGACUAAUUUCAUUCCUUCGUCGUGUCGUGGAGGACAUUCAUAAUAGCCAUAGUGAUCGACGAAGAUAUUGAAUUUUGCAAUAAUGUAAAUAGUGAUGGUUAAAACUGUAAUAUGUGAUAGCUUUGUAUAUAGAUAUGUAAAUAUAAUAUUACCGAUAAAGACAUUUUCGAUUUUGUACUUAAAUUGUUUAGACAUGUUAUAUUGACGUCGUUUCAUUAAUUCGCCCUUUAUUAUUAAUAUCCUUUUAGAUUUAGUAUUGAUUUGUAAUGAUCAGCUGAUGUGGUUAUGUUUGAAUUUAAGUUUAUGCAGUAAGUUUUUCAGAUAUAACGCAAAUGUAUAAAAUAUGUACACACUAUAUUGUUUAAUCGUUUCGUUUAAGUAGUUCCUGAACAAUAUUGAUGAGAUUUGUAAUAUAAUUAAAACUAAUACUGGCAUGUAAUUGUAUGAUAAAUAUCUGUGUAAUUGCAUAGUAGUUAUACAUAUAUUUUCUGAAUUAAAACACCAAACAUGAUGAAAACUUUGUACAAAUGUGAGCAAUAUAGAUUAAUAAUUUCAAAUACUAUAAUACGUUAAUUUUUAUUAAAUCAUUGUUAUAGCAUGUAAUUGUAUUUAGAAAAAAAAAAACGGAAUAACAUGUAUAUGUACUGCUUAGAACAAUCAUAGCCUAUCUGCAUAGAAAUUCUAGAGUAUUUGCCUAAAUUUGUAAUAAUAACGUACUUGCAUUGAAACUCAUAUUAUAGAACAAACAAUUAUCAUCUGAGCAUUGUUACAUCUGAUUGGUCAAUAUCGUAUAAUGCAAGCUAAUGCCAAGGUCUCGAAUUCAAGGAUGAGUUUUAGUUGUUUGUACGGGGCCAAUGUUGGAGCCAAUGUUUGUUGGGCUAUGCGAUUGUGUCUUCCUAAUUUUUGUAAAGUAUUACCAAGAUUAUUAGGAACUAUUAAUUUUCUGAAUUUAAAUCUUAUUCCUUUAAUAAAAUGUUUGAUUAGCUGAUUUUUAAUUAUGAACUCUAUUCCAAUCGAAUAAAGUAUAUUUUAGUGGAAUAUAUUUUGUGUUUAAAAUAAAAAUUAAGGCAAAUACUCCAGCGCUGAAACUUAUCAUAUAGAAUAUAUUAUUAUAAACCAGCUGCUCUGAUGGUGAGGGGUACAAAUCAAAUAAUUACAUUAUUUAUUGGCUAUUUUUGUAUAUUGAUUUCAUGAGACUUAUUUGAAGCAUUUUGUUGAAAAGAUAUUGAAUUAAUAUUUUUAUACUUAGGGAAUAUUAAUUGUAUGAGACACGUGGUUCAAAGUUACUAACAAAGUUCGUUUACUUAGUUUGUGUACGUAAGUUGCUCAAAUUUCGUAUACAUAUAACUUCUUGACGUACAUAAAUAAUAAUCAUUCUUUUUAAUAAAUAGAAAGUAUUUACAUUUAUAUUAUAAGCAAUAAAUUUAAUUCAUAAUAAUAAGGUCAUUGACAUUAAAAUAAUUUAAAAUUUCGAACAAAAAAUAUUAUCGUUUGCUUAAAAAUAUAUUUACUGAAUUGCCUAAAUAAUUGUCUUACUGUUAGUAACUUUAGAGCCACGAGAAUAAUGUUAUAGCUGAAAUUAAUCUUAAAAUAUACUUUUUUAACAAUUCUAUUUAUCUCAUAUACAUUUCAUAACAUAUGCCUACUUCAUAACCAAUCAACUAUACCUAUUCAAUCGAUAGUACAGUCAUAGUGAUAGCAUAAGACU